AUGGAGGAUGCCGUUGCCAUCGGCCAACUGCUUGAUGGCAGCCUUGGCGAUGUUGGUUGCGUCUGUCAGCAGCGACUUGUUGCCGGUGGCCUGGCUGAGCUCGACGAGCCCGCCGAGAACGACACCUUGGUUGCCGAGCGCCCACCAGCCUUCGUCGUCAUAAAACUCGUUGAUGAAGUUGGGGAAGCCCUGAGCGCUGAACUGGCGGGCCUCGAGAGGCAAGGGGUUUUCGCGCUUGGUGAUGGCAUAGGACGUUGUCACAAGGCCAGCCGCGUUGAUGGACUUGGCAGCCGUUGCUGUGGCCUUCUGGGCUUGGUUGAACGUGUUGCUGAGAAUGCCUCCAAUGUUGAGCUGGUUGGCGGCAUCGCGGUUCAGGACGGCAAAGUCGGCGAGCGUCGUAAAGGCGUUGGCGCUGUUCCACCACGCGUUGUCCCAAAGACCUGUGCCAAUAUUGUACCACGAGUUCUGAAGCGUCUGGAUGGCGCUGACGGCAUUGUUGGUGUAGGUCUCAACGUCUGCUCUUUGGGCGAUGGGACGAGUAGACAUAAUGAAGACUGCACGGGCAGCAAGCCCCCCGAUAUUGGCUACCAUCUUGGUAAUUAUUAA